CACGUUCCUGGUGACGCGGUACGUAAACAUGACGCCAUGACGUACUGACGGGAAAGUACUACUUCUGUUGCCAAGCUGUUUUGCUCCUCUCGGCCACCGUACUUCUGAAAAAAAGCGAAGUCUUCAUUCCAACAUGGCGCUGCGCACAGCCCUGCGAACUGGAGCAGAUUUAGGGGUCAAUAAUGCCAGGACUUUCAUCACUACAGCAUUCCUCCGCCGGCUGGUUCCUCCUCUGGGUCCGAUGCCGAACGAGGAGCUGGACUCCACAGACCUGGAGUCUCUAGAGAAAUACCGGAGCUACACCCGGUACCUGAGGAAAGCCGAGGAGGCCAGGAACAAACCGGCCUGGUGGAAAACCUACAGGAGCUACGUGGAGAAACAGGAUCCAGAGCAUGUCUCCUGUGUUACAGCUGCAGAGAAAGUGGACAUCGGGCUGCCGUAUCUACGCCAGAGCCGACUGAAGGAAGUGAAGGAGAGGACGCAGCUGAUGAAGGACAAGAAGAAGGACGCCGAGCUGGAGAGGGCGUCUCGUCUGCGGACUCUGAAGGUGUCUCUGGAGCGGGUGCAGGAGGAGUGGGGGAAGAGCAGCGGUCCGUUCCACAUAAAGAGGCUGGCCGAGCACUACGGCGUCUUCAGAGACCUCUUCCCCAUGGCCCACUUUCUACCCCAGGUUCUGAUGCAGAUCAGCUACAGCCAGGACAACGGCACACAGGUGCAUUAUGGGAACCGGCUGACACCAACAGAAGCAGCGUCCGUCCCUCAGAUCAGUUUUGAAGCAGAGGAGGGCUCCCUGUGGACGCUGAUGCUCACCUGUCCAGAUGAGCAUCUCCUGGAUAACGAGGCAGAGUACGUCCACUGGCUCGUAGGGAACAUACCAGGUGGGUCGGUGCAGGCAGGGGAGGAGCUGUGUCACUACCUCCCCCCCUUCCCCGCCAAAGGAACCGGCUUCCACCGAUAUGUCUACGUCCUGUUCAAACAGGAAGCACGCAUCGACUUCCAGGAAGACGUCCGGACGACACCGUGCCUCUCUCUGGCCGAGCGCUCCUUCAAGACGCUGGAUUUCUACAGGAAGCAUCAGGAAGCCAUGACGCCUGCAGGCCUCGCCUUCUUCCAGAGCCAAUGGGACGAUUCCGUCAGCGACACCUUCCACCACACGCUCAACAUGAGGGAGCCGGUGUUCGAGUUCAUCCGACCCCCGGUGUACCACCCCCCCCAGGUCAAACACCCCCACCGACAGCCGCUGCGUUACCUGGACCGGUACAGGAACGGGAAGGAGCACACGUACGGGAUUUACUAAUGAGACUUCGGAACCCUUUCAAAAUGUCCGUGUAAAUGUGUCGUCAUGUCUGGCGAAAUAAAUGUCAUAAAUAAAGAACUUUUUCAGCCGUGCUGAUUUCAGAGGA